GAGUUGUGAUGUCAACACACCAAGCAUUCAGCUGUCGACAUGGGACUUCCAGUCUUUUUUAUUACAAAACGUUGUUUUUGGGGUUAAGUGCAGUGGUUUGAGAAUGCAAGGUGUUAACCGUAAAGUUGUUUUGCUGUCCUUUUUGCUGUUAUUUGUUAAUCCGUGCGUGCCGCAGCAACCCGAGAGGGAAAACUCGUUGGACCUGCAUGAGAAAGAUGACGAUGGAGUGGAUGUGGACCACGCUCAAGUUGAAAACCAGCAAACAUUAGUAAAAAAUAAAAAAGAAGAUGGACACGAUUCAAUCAACCCACAGAAGGACGGACAGUCUGUCAGCAAGUCCAAUGACACUGAUAACUACAGCAACGAGACCCUCCAUUCUACUACACCUGCUGUCAAGCCAACGACCCAGGCACCCCCAACCGCCAAGCCCAUUCUGCCUGUACAGACAGGGGUCAAGGCCCAGGAAGAAGAGCAGUCUAGCGGGAUGACCAUAUUCUUCAGCCUGCUGGUUAUUGGUAUCUGUAUUAUAUUGGUGCACCUGCUUAUCAAGUUCAAACUGCAUUUUCUCCCAGAGAGUGUGGCUGUCGUGUCCCUUGGAAUUUUAAUGGGAGGCUUCAUUAAGAUCAUUGAGUUCCUGGAACUGGCCAACUGGAAGGAGGAGGAAAUGUUCCGACCCAACAUGUUCUUCCUUUUGCUCCUGCCUCCCAUCAUCUUUGAAUCUGGAUACUCUUUACAUAAGGGUAACUUCUUCCAGAACAUUGGCUCCAUUACUCUCUUUGCUGUGAUCGGCACAACUAUCUCUGCCUUCAUAGUCGGAGGCGGUAUCUAUUUCCUUGGGCAGGCGGAUGUCAUUUAUAAGAUGUCUAUGACUGAUAGCUUUGCCUUUGGCUCACUGAUCUCCGCUGUAGACCCUGUAGCUACCAUCGCCAUCUUUAACGCCCUCAACGUGGACCCGGUCCUCAACAUGCUGGUGUUCGGUGAGAGCAUCCUUAACGACGCCGUCUCCAUUGUCCUCACAAACACGGCGGAGGGCUUUUCCCGCUCCGACAACUCCAUGGUAACAGGCUGGGAGACGUUUUGGCAAGCUAUGGGUUAUUUCCUAAAAAUGUUUUUUGGUUCUGCUGCUCUGGGAACCCUCACUGGACUCAUCUCAGCUCUUUUUUUAAAACACUUUGAUCUGAGGAAGACUCCUUCACUGGAGUUUGGCAUGAUGAUCAUCUUUGCGUACCUGCCCUAUGGCCUGUCAGAAGGCAUCAAACUGUCUGGAAUAAUGUCCAUCCUGUUUGCGGGAAUUGUGAUGUCGCACUACACCCAUCACAACUUGUCUCCUGUCACCCAGAUCCUCAUGCAGCAGACACUGCGCACAAUGGCCUUCAUGUGUGAGACAUGUGUGUUUGCCUUCCUUGGUCUCUCCAUCUUCAGCUUCCCUCAUAAGUUUGAAUUAUCUUUCGUCAUCUGGUGCAUAGUCCUGGUUCUUCUCGGCCGAGCAGUAAACAUCUUCCCUCUGACAUUCCUGCUAAACUUUUUCAGGGACCACAAGAUCACACCCAAGAUGAUGUUCAUCAUGUGGUUUAGUGGUUUGCGAGGUGCUAUCCCCUACGCGUUGAGCCUUCAUCUGGGCCUGGAGCCCAUUGAGAAACGUCAGCUAAUUGGUACCACUACCAUCAUCAUCGUUCUCUUUACCAUCCUCCUCAUGGGGGGCGGAACCAUGCCACUCAUUCGCAUAAUGGACAUCGAGGAAAGCCAGUCCAGGCGUAAGAGCAAGAAAGACAUCAAUCUCAGCAAGACAGAGAAAAUGGGUAAUACUAUUGAGUCAGAGCACCUAUCAGAACUAACGGAGGAGGAGUACGAGGCUCAUAUCUACCAGAGACAAGAUCUGAAGGGCUUUUUGUGGCUUGAUGCUAAAUACCUUAACCCUUUCUUCACUCGCAGGCUCACCCAAGAGGACUUGUUACAUGGCCGAAUCCAAAUGAAGACCCUGACCAACAAGUGGUACGAAGAAGUUCGCCAGGGACCCUCAGGCUCAGAGGAUGACGAUGAUGAAGCAGAACUUCUGUGAACUGAACACACGCUUUGUAUGUAAGCCUACUUUUCAGUGUCAGUCACAUGCACUUCUUGUUUGUUCACCUGCCACCAACUUUAUGUGACAGAGAAGUCUCAGUCAGUGCCCACAGAGCAUUUUUAGUACACAAAGUGGGCUGUCAUGUGUCAAAUCACAGUGGAGUGCCAGUAAAAACAAAUUACAAAAAUUCUAACACUAAAUUAAACAGAAAAGAAAAAUAAUCUGUGAAAUGAUAUUUCUCAUAGAAUGUCAUAUUGUUACUUGCUAGAGAAAGUUUUUUUAUUUUAAUCCUGCAAAACUUUUGGGUGUAUUGUUUUCUUUCAUGAAGGUCUGGGUCUGAAGGGAAGACGGCAAUGUGACAGCUAUGUGAUGCAAUACUCAAGCUAGGGCUGGGCGAUAGGGACAAAAAAUCAAAUAUCACAAAGUGUUUGACCAAAUACCUUGAUAUUGAUACCACAACAUUAUUGUAGUGUUGACUAUUGGUGUUUCUACAAAAUAUUUACACAAUGAGAUUUUUGAUAAAUAAUCAACAGUAAUGUGCAUGUAAUGACUAAGUGGGUAAAUGCAAAUAAUAGUUACAACAGUCUGGUAAGUUCAGAAAAUGACAUUACUGUAAUGCAGCAUUUAAAACCAAGAAAAGACACUUAUGAAACACUUAUUCCAUAUUACGGUAUCCAAAAUCUAAAACGAUAUCUAGUCUCAUAUCACAAUAUUGAUAUAAUAUCAAUAUAUUGCCCAGCUCUAACUCCAGCACUUUUUAAAUUUUUCUCUUCACUUUUGUAUUUGUUUGUCUUCGUGUGGCACUAAGGUUUACUUUGGGUCAGGGGAAGGAUGAAACAUAAUGUCGCUACAAGCUACAUUUUUAAAGUGGGAUUUUUAAUAAGCCCCAGGUUUCUGCUUUGAAUAGCUUCCUGUUGAACUAGAUUUAAUUCUCUCUGGGUCUUCACAUUUGUUUGAAUGAAUGAUUCUGACUGUUGACUCAUAUAUUCAUAGAUAGGUAAUGAAGAGAAAGUACCAGAAGUGAUGCAAGAGCUACCACUACACCUUACAGCAAAGAAGUAAACAAAGAGAAUUGCAGGAGAGAGUUGAAGCUAAUGAAAUGCCUUACGUAAAACUAAUAACUUUCAAAACUUAAAACAUCUAGCUUACAGGAGGACAAUUACGUUCCAGGAAUUUGGAAAUGGCCUUUAUUCCAAUUAUGGUUCGUUUGGUUUCACUAAAUCUUAAUGUAAGUAAAGUAAAACUUUUGUGAUUUUUCACUUUGAGUUUCUUAUGAAGAUGGGCACCAAUGAAUGUGUGGUUAAAUUGAAAUAAUGUCUUGUGAAUGUAAUCUAUUUUGUUUUAUUUAUUUAUGAAAUGUUUGUGGGAUCAAGGGUUUUAUACAAGCUCUAUGAGCUGCUGAAUUAUAGAAAACAAAUCUAUAAUAAAAAAUAUUGACAUUU